AAUUGGAAAAAUUUGAUUGUAAAUCAAAAACAUGGGCCCAGGCCCAGAAAAAAAAUAAAACAUCAUCGCACCUAAUGGAUGAAGCUUCUUUGUUGCUGGAAAGGUUUCAGGCCCUUGGCUCCAGGGCGGUGUUAUUUAUAUCCCGCCCUGGAAUCAAAACAUGGACCAAUGAGGUGCUUCUGCCCAGGUGUGAGGUAACUGAGGCUGCAUCGGCCUGUCUUAAGAGAAUGGAGGCACUGUUUGAAUUCGUUGUUCAAGGUUGGAUCCAAUCAGGCAUAGCAGCAGCAGAGAUCCCACAGCCUACUGUGGACAACUCACUGGCCACAUCAGAUUCUGUGGAUGCCAGACAGGGUGACCAACAUAUUCUUCAGCGGUCGAUAGAGCACAUGUGUCUGGGUGUCUAUCAAAAAAAAGCAAGCCUCUAUAAUCAGACAGACAGCAACAAGAUUCGACAAUUGCGGCGACGGAAAUUGGGGGAUGAGAAAAGAAAACUCUUUGAAGCGAUCAAACAAUACAAUGAGCAAGUGCCAGAGGAGGAGGGUAUAAAUGAGGAGAUGGUGGAGAGCCGACUCUCUGUGGUGGGCCAUGCCAGUGGGGAGGAAAUUCUAAUAUGGCCAUGGGAGGUUCACAGCACUGAAUCCACAAACAUCCUCACUAAGAAGAAGAUCUUCGAUGCAUACAUGUCAAAGAUGCGGCUACAAGAAGAGAAGAUUCUAAUUCUUAGGGAGAUGAGACAGCACUGCACCUACCACCUACCUUUGUG